UUCAAAUUGAAUUUUCAUGGUGAGCGCUCGUUGGUUGUUCGUUGCGUUCUGUUUGUUGUACAUUUCGGCUUGUGCUACCGUCGGUGGUUCACUAGUUCGAGCAGAGUUGCUUGGGGAUUUGAUUAGGUUGCGCCGCGAGAGUGGUGUAGGAUGUCCGCGAUUCGGGUUCAAUUGCCAAACGGUGGCAGUUGAGCUGGCCGAGGUCUAAACCGGAAUUCACUUCAUCGGCUGUGCUGUCGAGCACGUUGUGUGCGAUUGCAAUUAUUUUUAUUAACGCUGCCACAAAAUUGAAUCUUAAUUGAUUGGUAUAAUAAGCCAACAAUAACAAUAUUAAAUUUUUAUUAUAAAGCGCAUAUUUACAUGUGUACGAAAUACUUACGUGCCGAAGGAACAUCAACGUUCAAUACGAAUGUGAACCAUUGUGAAUACUUCAACACAUACACGUACAUACAUAAUACUCCGAUAUUUGUGGAUUUUGUGCAUUAAUCUUUUCGACUGACGUGAAUAAAAUUGAUUGUGUGAUUUGGUGCAAAUUUAAAGUGAAUUCAUUCCACAUUUAUGCAAUAGUCACUGUGAGUUGUUGCUGUAUGGUUAUUCGCUCAUCUGCAGAGCAUUAGUACAGAAUGGUUUUAGAGCAACAACUGCAGCAGCAACAACAAAACCUGCAACUAACACGCAUAUCAGCGCAAGGACGUUUGAGCCCGACGGCAGACACUGCCAGUGGUCCCGAUAGUGUAGCGGUCAGUGGCGGUGGUAGUAUAGUUUCGUGUCCUGGAACAGUGGUCCGUUCAACAGUCAAUUCGGCAACCAUGCCGCCGGAAGGCUUGCAUCCAACGGCUGCGUUGCAGUUGUACGCCGCUGCUGCCCAGCUAGCGCCCGGUGGGGUGCGGGUUCCUCCUUGGGGACCAUUUCUUCAAUUCGGUGUGCCGGGAGUGUUUGCCGGCGGCCCGUUUUUGGGCCGUCCACGCUUUGAGACUAAUCCGCAGAAUGCUGCUGCGGCUGCUGCGGCCUCACAAAUGGCGGUCAAUGCAAGUAAUGCGUUCGCCAAUUUAACUGGAUUAAGUGUGGCGAUGCGAAAUGUGUCGGCUGUGCAAACGACUGCGGCUGCCGCUGUGGCAACGGUAGCCAUUCAGCAUCGUUUAAUGAUAGGAAAUCGGCAAAACUUGGCAGCAGGUCCGCCUAGCGAGGGAUCGAAUGAAGAUGGAGGCUUUCCUGGUGAUGGUGAUGAGGAUAGUAAUGCUGCGAAACGGAGACGAUCUCGAACUAACUUCAAUUCGUGGCAACUGGAGGAGCUCGAGCGCGCGUUCUCUGCGAGCCAUUAUCCCGAUAUUUUCAUGCGUGAAGCACUGGCCAUGAGACUGGACUUGAAGGAGAGCAGAGUUGCGGUAUGGUUCCAGAACCGAAGGGCAAAAGUGCGGAAACGUGAACACACCAAAAAAGGACCGGGACGACCUGCACAUAACGCUCAACCUCAAACCUGCUCCGGAGAACCAAUUCCGCCAAGUGAAUUGAAAGCCAAAGAAAGGGCACGGCGAAGAAAAAAAUUAGCGAAAGCGAUUGAUCGUCAAGCGAGAAAGCUGCAGGCCAAAGGCAUCACGGUCGACCUCGAAGCUCUCAAGGCCGAAUACAUAUCACAACAUAAAGCCAACGGCACAUUCUCCGACUCAGAUCUGGAAGACGAUGGCAUACAAAUAGACGUAGUGGGCGGCACGGACAGUGACGACGAUGGAGACGACUGCUCAUUUCGAAGUCCUAGAGCAAAUAGCUUAAUGCCAGGUAGCUUCUCACCAAACAGUAGUCAAAAUGGCAUAGAGAGUCCAGUAUCCAAUGGGGAGCGCAACAACGAGGAUGACAGCAAUGCCACAGAUAGCUGUGGAAAGACAUCCUUCAUUUUUCCUACAGCAAGUACCGGCAUAUCGAAUUUGCGAUUAAAUCUGACAAAUUCCAAUACACCCGCCCAUGAAUAUCAGCAACAACACCAGCAAAACCAACAUAAUCAAAUCCAUCAAAAUCACAACAGCAAUCAACAUCAAACAUCGCCGAUUAGCAUCCGGCGGAACAAUCCAUUUAGCAUAGAGUCACUUCUGUUCAACAACACGUGAGAUUUAUUGAGAUGGUUAAAUGGUUGAAUGCAAAAGCUAACAGGUUGUACGCUUUCUCGCAAGCCAGUGCUUGUGCCCACUUUACCCAUCCACAGCAGAUACGCGUUAACACACACACAGACACAUACAGGGUGCGCAUCAGCCAAGCCACUGUAUAGUGUAUGUAUGUACCAUAUAAAUAAAUGACUAAAUAUUAAGUAUGUAUGUAUAGCAUUAGUGAAUAGUUAAAGAAUGUACCAUGAAUGAACUCAACUAAUAAACGGAAUUGUUUGGCAGCUAAGCGAGCACGUACAUAUGCACCAAAUGUGCGACUAGUAUUUAGCUAUAUUUAGAAUUGCUCACAGUAAAUAAUGAUAAUGCAUCCAGAACCAAUUGCGCAAUAUUAGUAUAAUUGAUGUACCAUUAUGAGCAGUAAUUUACAUAUUUUUCAUGAAAAUUAUGUUGGGCAUUCUUUGAUUUGUGGCAAUUAACUUUUGCGUAUGUAACGUUCCCAACUGUACAUAAUUUGUGUCGAAGCAUAUUUAUUUCACGUCUCACAUACAUACAUACACGCAUUUCCUUUCUAUGGCUCGAACUGUGGCUAAUUCGUCUCGCACUCGCCCACUAGUUGCCGCCUUUCAAUCGACCAGUGCCUGUCCUCUUAAUGUUGGACUUGGCCAUUUCGUGACAAUAACUUCUAAAAAAAAACAGUGGCAUUGUGGAACUGGCUCUGAAAAAGUUGUGCCGAAAGCGCCUAAUUUAAGCGUAAAUUUAAGGGGGUACUCUCAUGUGAACGCAUACAUUUUACCACUUUUUAGAAAUUUUUUUUUAUGCGACAACAAAAU